AUGGUUUUGGCAAAAGCAUACGAGGAAUUUCCUUCAAUCCAAAGUGAGAUCUUCUCGAGCGACAUCGUCACGAUCAAAGUCGGGCCUACAGCGAACGAGUACCGUGUUCACAAGGCUUUACUGGUGCACUACUCUGCAUACUUCCGCGCAGCUUUGGGCUCCACGAACUUUGAAGAGGGGCAAUCCAACACUAUCACCUUGGCAGACAUUCCACCCUACACCAUUGAAGCCUUGCUAGACUAG